AAAAAGUAGGGGGCAAAGGGAGAGAGGGGUGGGGGUGUAUUAAAUUGAGACAGAGAAAAGGAAGAAGAAGAUAUAAACGAGGGUGCGUUGUAGUGUGACUGUCAAAUCUACAUAUUCUCUCUCUCUCUCUCUUUUGGGAGAUUCGAUUCAAUCGCCGAUCAUUUCGGCUUUUCCAAUCUAUGUCUACUGCCUCUCAUCUCCAUCUAUAAUGUUCUCUUUUUUUCAAGGAGCUGUCUAUGUUGGAAUUCUGUGUUUAUGAUAAUGCAAAAUAAAAAAAAAAUGAAAAUUACGUAUAGAGAUAUGAGAGUUAUGAGUGGUCAUUUCUGGGUCAGGAGAUUUCCUCUUUUGAAACUGUAAGCUUAGGGCAUUUAGCUGCCCUGUUUUGAAUUGAAAGAAAAAAGGAGAAUUGUGUUUAGCAACAAAAUAAUGGAAGGAGAUACAUUUUCAGUGUUAGGUAAUAAUGGUACACAAAUAGAUGGUAAGGUAUUUCAAACAUUUCAAAAGAGCUUUGUACAAGUGCAGAACAUAUUGGAUCAGAAUAGAUUGUUAAUCAAUGAGAUAAAUCAGAAUCAUGAGUCAAAGAUCCCUGAUAACUUGAGCAGAAAUGUUGGUUUAAUCAGAGAGUUAAACAAUAAUAUCAGAAGGGUUGUUGACCUUUAUGCAGAUCUUUCAUGUUCAUUUACAAAAUCCGUAGAUGCUUCAUCUGAAGGGGAUUCUACUGGAAAAGCUACACAUAAGAGGAGCAAACCUCUUUAGAAGGACCAAAAAAUCCCCAAGAUAAAUUAAUGGUUAGAUAUUAGUAUAACUUUUUUGGUUUCUUCUAGUAGUUGGUUGUACUUUGUUUAGUAUCUUACUCAGAAAUAAUGACCACUUCAAGAAAUCUAUUUUCUUUGUUAAUGUGCCCUGCAGAUCUAAUUGAAUCAAAAAUAUCAUCUUGAUUUUGUUUUGAUUCA